AUGCUCCACUAUUAUCCCUAUCCUCCCGAGAACUCACGGCAUGCGUCCCGCCUCUCUCCUUCAGGGCAUCAUAUGCCAGACUAUUGGCAACCACAGACUGACCCCCUAGCCGGUAGCAGUGCAGUUUAUGCGGUUCCUGACUCUCUAAACAUAAGCUCGCGGCCACAGGACCAGGGUUCCUCGUCUUCAAUGAACCAUCACCCAUCAUACUACACAGAUUUCUAUUCACCCACCUCAUCAUGCAUGACGUCGGGCACGGUAUUCUCGUCAGGACCCAUGGGGCUGGACGGUGUGGACGAGGAGAUGGAGGAUGACUACGCCUGUAUGGCAUCGACGUCACAUAACAGCACCCAGGCGCACGAUAGACAGACAGAAUGGGCUUACUCCCCAAUGACGGACUCGCCAUGCUCAUCAUUCGAAUCACUUGGUCAUGAUUCCCAGGAGCCCUUCUUCAGAGACAAGCUCGCUCCAUUCGAGCCACUCUACGUUCACGAUUACGAGCAUGGCAUUCAUUCGGUCCUUUCCGAGGAGCAGGGCCUUUACCAGGACCUCAUCAUCGAUACUCGGUGUGCACCGCCCAUCAUUUUCGAGCGUGAUGACCACGCUGAGAUUUCUCCUUCGGAUGUCACUCCUUCGCCGUUGACAUCGAUGGAUUAUAAUCUGCCGGAUCCAUCUGACUGGCGGACUGUCUACCAGCCUCCAUUCCUACAACAACAACAAGCACAACAGGCGCCACCUUUAUCCUUCACCGUUCCGUUAUCUAUUCCCAUUCAUCAACCGCGUCCUAUCCGUAAACCUAAUUUUCGCAUGAUGGAGUUUGCUGCGUCGCUAGAGGCGGCUGUCGGCUCUUCUUCCCAUUGUGAUCCUGUUCCUUGGCAGGGUUCAUCGAGUCAUCAUCCACAGUCUGAUUUACCCAUGACUCACUCUGUCGACCGUGACGGCAUGGGGCGCUGUUAG